AUGGCAACUAAUCCCAAUCAUCCGCCUGGCCCUUAUGCGCCUGGUGAGCAUAUUGUCCCGCCUCCACGAGCACAAUCGCCAGCGACAGCGGAAUAUCGCUUGAAUCACCUUAUGCUGCGAAUAAAAGACCCUGACAAGAGCUUGCGCUUCUACAACGACUGUUUUGGGUUGCAUGUGGUGUUUAUCUUUAAUACGGGACCUUGGACUAUCUACUACCUUGGGCCACGUGAUGUUGAAAUUUCAACGACCGGAACUAACAAGGGCCUUCUUGAAUUAUAUCACAUACCGUCCGACAAUUUGACGAAGUACACUUCUGGCAACGACUACAACAAUCCGAGGAGUAUUGGAUUCGGACACAUUGGGUUCACGGUACCAGAUGUCGAAGAGACGCUGAAGCGGGUCCAGAGCUUUGGGUUUGAAGUCAUCAAGCCACUCGACGAGGCAAAGACAGAACAGAUGGCCGUGAAUGAUUCUAUUGUAGGGGGAAAGGAGGGGUUAAUAGAUGAAGGGUAUAAGCACGUGUUCAGGCAGUUAGCUUUUGUGAAGGAUCCCGAUGGGUAUUGGGUGGAAAUAGUACCACAAGCCAUAAAACCUCGACCGUAA